AUGAAUACGCAAUACAUGUAUUACUAACCUUAUGAUGCUUUAUUUUAACAAUUCUAAAAAAAUGGGAAAAUAACUAGGGCUGAUUUGAAAUCCAUGUUGUAGUCUAUUAAUUACAAUGAUAUGCAAAUAAAUAAUGUGUUAUCCAAAGUGAAUGAUGAUGAAAUAAGUAAAAUUUAUGCGUAAUUCCCAACUCAAAUUCCAUAACCCAUACCCUAACAAGUAGAUCAAAAUUAGAAUCAGCAAAAAUUUACUUAAGAAUCACAGCAAUAAAUUUAUGAGGAAUUCAAAACCCUUUUAAAAGGAUAAGAAUAUGAUAAAGCGGUGAAUUUUCUAUAAUAAAACAAGGAUAUGGAUUUGGUGAAUGUAGUUGAUUAGCAGAGCAAAUAGAUUUGCUCCUAUAUCGUAGUGUAAUUUGAUAAUGAAGGGUUGGCGUUGAAAUUUCUGUCUCUAUUGACAGAUUUUCGAGUUAAUUUAAAUUUCAAGGAUUCGUUAAAAUAGUCAAUAUUAUUUUACAUAUGCAGAGAUGGUAAACUGAAAUUGCUUGAUUUCGUAUUGUCUUAGAAUGCAGUCAACAUAAAUGAUCAAGAUUAAUAUGGAUAAACUCCUUUAUUUUAUGCAGCCAGGGACAAUAAAGUAGAUAUUGUCACAAGACUUGUUAAAGUUGGAGCCAAUGUCAAUUUAGUGGAUACCCUCUCAAAUCAAACAGCAUUAUUCUAUUCAGCCAGAGAAGGGAAUGCUGAAAUCUGUAAAAUUCUAAUUGAUAAUGGUUGCAAUCCAAAUCAUCAAGAUCAACACAAAAAGACAGCCUAAUUCUUUGCCAAGAGAUUUUAGAGGAAGGAAGUGAUGGAACUGUUCAAUUCAUAUUUUGGAAAAAAUAAAGAUGAUUUUAAACAAAAUUCUAAUUACAAUAAUGAGAAUAGCAGAGGAGAACAACCUAAAUAAUAGAAGAAGAAAAAUAAGGAUUUGCCUAAGUAAGCAUAUAAAUUAAUGUUUACUGAUGAAUAUGGUAAUCUUCAAGAGAUUACAUCCUCAGAAUUUUCUAAAUUUUAAUAGUAAUACCCAUAAAUAGCUAAUCUAAUAAUUAAUGCAGACGAAUUAAUAGAUGACAAUGUUUUGAACUCUAUGAAAGAUGAUGAUAUUUGGGAAAAAGUAGCUAAAAAGGUGUUGUAAAUAUUAUGGAAAGCAAAAGGAGCACAAUUAUUUCAUAAUCCUGUGGACGAGAAAAAGUAUGGCAUCAAUGAUUACUAUGACAUUGUUAAAAGACCCAUGGAUUUUGGAACUGUUAAGCAAAAAUUAAAUGCAAAUCAAUAUAAAAAUUGUAAAGAAUUCUAUCAUGAUAUCAUGUUGGUGUUUGAUAAUUGUAUAUUAUACAAUGGAUCAGAAAAUGAUAUUGGCUAAAUUGGACUCUCAUUAAAAUAAGAGUUCUUAAAUUAAAUUGAGUAGACUGGUCUAAAAAAACAUUUAUAAUGA